AGAUAAAACAGUUAUUAAAUUAAAAACAUUGAUAUUUAUUUAGUGUUAGUGAUAAACAAGCUAUUGCUGUGUAAACCAAAAUUUUAAAGCGUGUUCAUACUAUUGGCCCUUAAAAUGUGGACGCUCCAUGUCCUUGAAUUUUUUAAAACAAAAAAACCAAAAACAAAUAUGUUAAUACACCUAUGUAUUUUUUUAAAUUUAUUUUUUCCCUUGAUGUGCGAGCCAAUUGUAAAAGAAAUAGGCGAACAAUUAACAUUAGGCGAAGGACCACAUUGGGAUGCUGAUCAACAAGCAUUAUAUUAUGUAGAUAUCGAUGGCAAGGACAAUAAAGGUGGUGCUAUUUUAAAAUAUGUCCCCACAACGGGAAAAAUUACACAAUGUAAUUUUGGUAGUGGCAACACAGUAUCAUUAGUUCUUCCAAUUGCUAAUACUUCUGAAAAAUUUGUUGUUACAAUUAAUAGAAAAAUAGUUGUUGUUACAUGGAACGGUGUUGAUACGAAACCAUCAAAAAUUGAAGAAGUUCUUGAAGUGGAUGGCCAUAGAACAUCUAAUCGUUUAAACGAUGGAAAAUGUGAUCCGUUUGGACGGGUUUAUGCAGGUACUAUGGGUGUCGAUUAUGGUACCGGAAACUAUGAGGAUCAUGCGGGAUCACUGUAUUUAAUUGAUUUUGAAAAUAAGAAAGCUAACAAAUUACUUGGUGAAUUGGGUAUAGCAAAUGGAUUAGCCUGGGAAUUAGAUAAAAAAGUUAUGUACUACAUUGAUUCAUUAAGAAGACGUGUGGACAAAUUUGCCUACGAUCCUGAAACUGGGACAAUUUCAAACAGGCAAAUUGCAUUUGAUAUAGAAGCAAAUGGUCUUCCAGGAUUCCCUGAUGGAAUGUGUAUUGACACAGAAGGAUUUUUAUGGGUUGCUCUUUUUAAUGGAGGUAGAGUUAUUCGAGUGGAUCCAACCAAUGGAAAAUUAGUCAAGACUAUUAAACUUCCAGCAGAACAGAUAACAUCGUGUGCGUUUGGUGGACCCAACUUAGACAUUUUAUAUGUGACAUCAGCAGAAAUUCAUGGAAAAGGAACUACUUCCAAAGCUGGAUUAACAUUUUCAGUAACCAACACUGGGGCUAGAGGAUAUCCAGGAGUUAGUGCUGUAUUACCAUAAUGAUAAAAUGAAAAAAUUACUUUCAUUAAAUAUAGAC